UACAAUUUUGGGGGGCGAAUUGAUAAGAAGUAAUACAUAGAGGUUGUAAAGUGUAAAUUAAUCCACGGAAAACACAUUGCUGUCGCCGGAAAUAGAGAAGGGGCGGACACGUCGCUUCAACAGUGCGGUUAAAGAGUGAGAGAUUUGCGGUGGCCCAAGUCCACUACUUUCGCUUUCCUUCGGUUAGUUAUUCUCUCUCUUCAUUGUACUUGUUUCCUCUGACGAUUAUCAGAGAGUGAAAAGUAGAGAGAAAGUGGAGAGAGGGAGAGAUGGGGAACUGGUUUUCGCACGCAGAACCUCCACCACCGAUGGUGCUGGUUCCACCGCUCUUUGAUUUCCCUCCCCUCGCUGCCCGCACCAGGUGUUGAAGAGUUUAUUAGCUAACUCAUUGUGAGGUUAUGCAGGAUGUUAGAGUCUUCAUAUAACUUGCUAUUUGGGAAGCUUGCAUUGAGAUGCCUCUUUGAGGAUUACUUUGAAGAAGCUAGGCAUUUUAGCACAAGAAUCAUGCUAAAACCGAUUGAUGAUCCUCAUGUUGAUUUAAUUGCAACUGUCUCAGGUCCACUUGAUCACAAGCCUGAUGAGAAUAUAGUAGGAAAUGCACUAUUCCGCUGGCAAAGUGAUAUUUAUGAUCCACACACGUUCAUGGACCUUUUCGUAUCGAAUACUGAUCCGGUUUUACUGGUAAGGUCAAGCGCUUACUACCCACAAUAUGGUGUUGGGGCAUUUGGAUUUUUCCCUGUACUUCUUAAGAAAAGAGUCUCUUCAGAGGAUUAUGGUGUUAUGGGUUUGAGAUAUGGGUCGUCAAAUCUGUCCAUUGGAGCGACACUAAUGCCUUUCUCUUUGGGUGAUGAAUUCCCAAAAAGUGCAUGGCUGGUAAGCAAGAUGGGAAGGUUAACUGCUGGAGUGCAAUAUGAACCAAAUUUUAGAAGCAAAGAAGGAACCAGAUAUAAUGAUCUAGAAAAUUGGAGCUGUGCGAUUGGCUACGGACUAGGAUCAGGCAGUCCUUUGAGUCCAUCCUUCAAUUUUGGUCUUGAACUUGCUAGAAGUUCCCAGUUCAUUGCCUCAUUCUAUCAACAUGUGGUGGUCCAAAGGCGGGUGAAGAACCCAAUUGAAGAAAAAGAAGUAGUUGGGAUUACGAACUACAUUGACUUCGGUUUUGAGUUACAGACAAGGGUUGAUGAUAACAAAACCUCAAGCCCUAAUGCAGAUUCCACUUUUCAAGUUGCUGCAUCUUGGCAAGCCAAUAAAAACUUCUUGGUGAAGGGAAAGGCUGGGCCUCUGAGCUCAUCUAUAGCUUUAGCAUUCAAGUCAUGGUGGAAACCUUCUUUCACGUUCAACAUUUCAGCCAUUAGAGAUCGUACAGUUGGAAACACAUCUUUUGGAUUCGGCAUCCAUGUCGAUAAUCUUAGAGAAGCAAGUUAUCAACGAGCAGAUCCAAAUUUCGUUAUGCUGACCCCAAACAAGGAGCAUUUAGCAGAAGGCAUUCACUGGAAACAUGGACAGAGACCUGUGCUACAAUCAGAUGUAGACUCCGGGAAUUUUGAUGGCAUUCCCAGGGAGCUGAGACCUUUAGGGAAAAUUUUGUAAUUCGAGAAGUGGGUGAAUUUUUAUGCAAGUUUUAUACUACUGCUAACUUUUUGUUGUGCUGUGAAGGGAUAUCGAAAUUAUAAGAACUAAUUGGAGUUAAUCUAAUUUGGCCCCUCUCUUC